AUACACUUGACCCGGUCCCGCUUUCCCACUCGGCCAGUGAUCCAAACAUGGAUGGUGAUCGACGGCCAGCCACUCAAUCUUCAUUGAUCACCGAGCUCGAACGAGAUGCUAUAAAGGCGUGCCACGGUGUCGACAAUUGUGCCGCACCUCGUCCCUCUCUAUCUCCUUGGAGGUCCCUGGAACACUUCUGUCGCCAUGCUGUACUUCCUCUCACUCGCCGCCGUCGCCCUGAGCAGUCUCGUUUACGCCAUCGACCCUCCGCGUGUGCCGCACCAACCGCUCGGCAAUGGCGGCAACAUCCUCGCUUUCAACGAAACUAUCCCAACCAGCUUCUCUGCUCGAACCCUGGCAUUUGACUGGGUCUCUACUGCCGACGGCGAGGACGGCGUGUACAUCUUUAGCGAUGACGAUGGUGCUCUGACUUUCCAGAAUGUCGUCACCGGUGAGCAGACGGAGUUCCUGGCUGCCGACAAGAUCCCCUCAGACUACCACGAGUACUGGAUCAAACCAGAUUUGACACAGGUCUUAUGGAGCGUAAAUUACACGAAACAGUACCGCUACUCGUACUUUGCGGACUACCUCGUUCAGGAUGUCGCCAGUGGAGAGCUCACGCCGCUGGUAGAGGACCAGGCUGGGGACUUGCAGUAUGCAGAAUGGAGUCCGACUGAGAACCAGAUUGCCUUUGUUCGUGGGAACAACAUCUUCGUCUGGAGCGCUGGUAAAGUCUCGCAAAUUACUGAGGAUGGUGAUGCAGAUCACUUCAACGGCGUGCCAGACUGGGUGUAUGAAGAGGAGAUUUUUGGCGGUCGCUCGACGCUGUGGUUUUCUCCCGAUGGCGAGUACAUUGCCUUCCUCAGCUUCGACGAGUCGGGUGUCAAGACGUUCCGCAUCCCGUACUACAUGGAUAAUCAGGAGCUUGCGCCGCCUUAUCCAAGAGAGUUGGAACUGAGGUAUCCCAAAGUGGGCGAGACGAACCCGACUGUGUCGUUUCAUCUUCUGAAACUAGACUCAUUGGAGACUUCAGAGGUGCCUAUCGAUGCUUUUGAGGCGGACGAUCUUGUCAUUGGCGAGGUUUCGUGGCUUACGGAUGGACAUUCUGAUGUUAUCUACCGUGCGUUCAAUCGCGUGCAGGACCAGGAAAAGCAUGUAGUCGUCAAGGUCGAGGCAGGAUCAUCUUCAGUAACUCGCGAGCGUGAUGGCACAGACGGAUGGCUCGACAACACUCUCUCUAUUGUGUACUUGGGAGAGACUUCUAGUGGCAACGCGACCUAUCGCACGAACUCGACGACCUACUAUUUGGACGUGUCUGAUGUAUCUGGCUGGAACCACAUCUACCUCUAUCCAGUGCAUGGCGGCAAGGAGAUUGCUCUCACCAGCGGCGAAUGGGAGGUGAGGUCCAUUUUGAAGGUCGACAACUCGAGAAACCUCGUCUACUACACUUCGACCGAACACCACAGCACAGAGUCGCACGUCUACUCGGUCAACUACCAGACCUUGGAAAAGACUGCACUAGUCGACGACUCCGUCCCUGCAAUGUACGAAGCAUCAUUCUCCACUGGCGGAACCUACUACAUCCUCAACUACCGCGGUCCUGACGUUCCCUAUCAAGAGCUGUACAAUGUUAAUUCCAGCGAGCCUAUUCGUGCCAUCUCUGACAACAAGGCGCUCUAUGACCGUCUCCACACCUACAACCUGCCCAACAUAACCUACUUUGAACUCGAGCACCCCGAAGGCUUCACUCUCAAUGCCAUGCUCCGCCUUCCACCCAACUUUGACCCCUCCAAGCAAUACCCGGUCAUCUUCCUCCCGUACGGCGGUCCUGGCGCGCAAGAAGUCACCAAAGCUUUCCAAUCCCUCAACUGGGACGCCUACGUGACGUCUGACCCCGAGCUCGAAUUCGUCACAUACACCGUCGACAACCGUGGCACCGGCUUCAAGGGCCGCGACUUCCGCGCUUCCGUGACCAGUCGUCUCGGAUACCUCGAGCCACGCGACCAAGUCUGGGCCGCAAAGCAGCUCGCCGAGCAGAACCCCUGGGUCGCGACAGACAAGAUCGGCAUGUGGGGCUGGUCGUAUGGCGGAUACCUCACGUCCAAGACGCUUGAGCUAGCCGACCCGAUCUUCAGCUUCGGCGUCAUAACUGCUCCCGUCACCGACUGGCGCUUCUACGACAGCAUGUACACGGAGCGCUACAUGAAGACGCCCGCCCUCAACCCGGCCGGCUACAAUAUCUCGGGCGUCUACAACACCACCGGCUUCAAGACUGUCGACGGCGGCUUUCUGAUCCAGCAUGGCAGCGGCGAUGAUAAUGUGCACUGGCAGAAUAGCGCUGUCCUUGUUGACCGUCUUGUCGGUGCGGGCGUCGGCCCGGAGCGCAUGCAGGUGCAGUGGUUCACGGACAGCGAUCAUGGGAUUAUGUAUAAUGGCGCGAAUUCGUUCCUGUAUAAGCAGCUUACGCGCUUUGUCUGGCAGAUGAAGAAUCGCAAGGACGGGGCUGUGCAGCAUCAGUGGAGCAAGCGUGCGGAUAGGGGGGCUGGGGGGUAUUUGGUUGUGGACGGGUAGACCUGUGAAGCUGUCUGUGUGUCUGUGUGUCUGCCUUGUCCUUGUCUAAUAAACACAACAUGUAUAUUCCGAAAUGAGUCUGAA